GAAAGUGAAAAGGACUUGAAGCACUUAUUGAUGAAGAUCGAAGAGUACAGCCUUCAGUAUGGAUUACACCAUAACAUAAAGAAAACAAAAAACUUCACAAAUGUACCAAUAAACAACAUCAUGAUAAAUGGAGAAAAGAUUGAAGUUGUCAAGGAUUUCAUUUUACUUUGGUCCACAAGAAAUGCCUAUGGAAGAAGAAGUCAAGAAAUCAAAUGAUGUAUUGCAUUGGGAGAAUCUGCUGCAAAAGACCUCUUUAAAAUGUUAAAAAGCGAAACAAUCACCUCAUAUGCAUGCAGAAGCUGGACAAUGAAUAAAGAAGACCAAAGAAAAAUUGAUGCCUUUGGAUUACAGUGUGGUGAAGAAUAUGGACUAUACCAUGGACUGUCAGAAGAACAAACAAAUCUUUCUUGGAAGGAGUACAGCCAGGAUGCUCCUUAGAAGCAAGGAUGGCAAGACUUCAUCUCACAUACUUUGGACAUGUUAUCAGGAGGGACCAGUCCCUGGAGAAGUACAUCAUACUUGGUAAAGUGGAGGGUCUGCAAAAAGGGGGAAGACCCUCAACAAGAUGAUCUGAAAACCGUGGUUGCAAUAAUGGGCUCGAGCAUAGCAACAAUUGUGAGGAUGGUACAGGACCAAGUAGUGUUUUGUCUAUUGUACAAAGGGUCCCUAUGAGUCAGAACUGACUCGAUGGUGCCUAACAUCAAUAACUACAUAAAACAAACAAUAACACAAGUGAGGAAUGUGCUUAUUAGUUCAAUCAAAUAUGUGAGGACAAAUGGGCAACACCAGCCCAAAAACAAAAACGAGAAGGCAGGAAGGGACAGGAAACCUGGAUGAAUGGACACCUGGGAUAUAAAAGGAAAGGGGGAGAGUGCUAACACAUUGAGGGGAUUGCAACCAAUGUCAUAAAACAAUCUCUAUAUAAAUUUUUAAUGAGAAACUAGUCUGUGAUGUAAAGUUUCAAAUAAAACAAUAAAAAAUGGUUUGCUUUUAGGAUUAUUUUUGUCGUGUUUGUUGAAGGCACAUUUGCAAUAGUAAUACAUAUUUUGGUUCUUUGAAAAUUUACAAAGCACUUCCAAAAUAUACCAUUUGUCCCUCAGCCUUCUGAUUUCGAGGUCAUUCUCAUCCUCAUUUAAGGAUGAAAACAACUGAGUUCUGAAAGUGGUAAGUAAUUUGCUGAGGCCAAAUGCCAGGUUUUGAGUCUGGAUUCUUGGCCUCCACGUCUUGAGACCUCUGUGCUCUAUCAGCCUGCUAGAGAAGGAGUCUUGGAUGUAAGUAUGAGUCUGGAUUGCUGCAAAUCUGAAUUGUCAAAUGACAAGUGUAGACCUGACGGGUGUGAAUCAGUUCAAUUAGCAGUGACUCUGGCAAUAGCCCUUCCUUUUUUUGCAACAAGUGGGAGGAUGAAGCAGGCUCUGCAAGGGCAGUGCCUAAGACUCACAUUCACCUGGCACUGGCCUUACUGAUACCUGACUGAGCUUUUCUCUGUGCUCUGAUACAGGUGUGGGGGGUGUGAUUUGCUGUAUGAUUGCAUUUUACUUGAUUAUGUAAACCAGUGGCUUUUGCCAAGAACUCUCUGUGCCCAAAGCUCCAAGCUGGUUGCCUCCCAUUGGCUGACUUUGUUUCAUUUUAUAGGGAGGCUUACUUUUCGAGUUGUAGACAAUUGCCAGUGUCUCUUGGGAGUUAGAUAUCUGGAGUUCAGGAACCCAAACCAGUGACAAUGACAGCAGAUGAGUUGGUUUUCUUUGUGAACGGCAAGAAGGUGGUGGAGAAAAAUGCAGACCCAGAAACAACACUUUUGGCCUACCUGAGAAGAAAGUUGGGGCUGAGUGGGACCAAGCUUGGCUGUGGAGAAGGGGGCUGUGGGGCCUGCACCGUCAUGCUUUCCAAGUACGAUCAUUUCCAGAACAAGGUCAUACACUUUUCUGCCAAUGCCUGCCUGGCCCCCAUCUGCUCCUUGCACCACAUUGCUGUGACAACUGUGGAAGGAAUAGGAAGCACCAAGAGGAGGCUGCAUCCUGUGCAGGAGAGAAUUGCCAAAAGCCAUGGCUCCCAGUGUGGGUUCUGCACCCCUGGCAUUGUCAUGAGCAUGUACACGUUGCUCCGGAAUCAGCCUAAGCCUACUAUCGAGGAGAUUGAAGAUGCCUUCCAAGGCAACCUGUGCCGCUGCACAGGCUACAGACCCAUCCUGCAGGGCUUCCGGACUUUUGCCAGGGAUGGUGGAUGCUGUGGAGGAAAAGGGGCCAACCCAAAUUGCUGCAUGAACCAGAAGAAAAACCUCAUGGUCACUCUCUCUCCGUCUUUAUUCAACCCAGAGGACUUCAUGCCCCUGGAUCCUACCCAGGAGCCCAUCUUUCCCCCAGAGUUGCUGAGGCUGAAAGACGUUCCUCAAAAGCAGCUGCAUUUUGAAGGGGAGCGUGUGACAUGGAUCCAGGCCUCAACCCUGAAGGAGCUGCUGGACCUCAAAGCUCGGUAUCCUGAUGCCAAGCUGGUGGUGGGGAACACAGAGAUCGGCAUUGAGAUGAAGUUUAAGAAUAAACUAUUUCCUGUGAUCAUCUGCCCAGCCUGGAUCCCUGAGCUGAAUUCAGUGGAGCACACACCAGAGGGUAUCUCCUUUGGAGCUGCUUGCCCCCUGAGCUCUGUGGAAAAGACUCUGGUGGAUGCAGUUGCUAAGCUGCCUGCCUACAAAACAGAAGUGUUCCGAGGCAUCUUGGAGCAGCUGCGCUGGUUUGCUGGGAAGCAGAUCAAGUCUGUGGCGUCCGUUGGAGGAAAUAUCAUCAAUGCCAGUCCCAUCUCCGACCUCAACCCUGUGCUCAUGGCCAGCGGGGCCAAACUGACCCUUGCAUCCCGAGGCACCAAGCGAACCAUUCAGAUGGACCACACAUUCUUCCCUGGCUACAGGAAGACCCUGCUAAGUCCGGAGGAGAUACUGCUUUCCAUAGAGAUCCCCUUCAGCAGAGAGGGUGAGUUCUUGUCUGCAUUCAAGCAAGCCUCUAGGAGAGAGGAUGACAUUGCCAAGGUGACCAGUGGCAUGAGAGUUCUAUUUAAGCCAGGAACAUUAGAGGUAAAGGAACUGGCCAUUUGCUAUGGCGGAAUGGCUGACAGAACCAUCUCAGCCCUCAAGACCACUCGGAAGCAGCUGUCAAAGUUCUGGAAUGAGAGUCUGCUGCAGGAUGUGUGUGCAGGCCUGGCAGAGGAGCUACAUCUUCCUCCAGAUGCCCCUGGAGGCAUGGUGGAGUUCAGGCGCACCCUCACUCUCAGCUUCUUCUUCAAGUUCUACCUGACGGUGCUUCAGAAGCUGGGCAAAGAGGACUCUGAAGAUAAGUGCAGCAAACUGGACCCCACCUUUGCCAGUGCCACUUUACUCUUUCAGAAAGAUCCCGCCACCAACAUCCAGCUUUUUCAAGAGGUGCCCAAGGGACAGUCAGAGGAGGACAUGGUGGGCCGGCCCUUGCCUCACCUGGCUGCCACCAUGCAGGCAUCCGGCGAGGCGGUGUACUGUGACGACAUCCCUCGCUAUGAAAAUGAGCUGUAUCUCCGGCUGGUCACCAGCACCCAGGCCCAUGCCAAGAUCAAGUCCGUAGAUACUUCAGAGGCUCAGAAGGUCCCUGGGUUUGUUUGCUUCCUCUCAGCUGAUGAUGUUCCUGGGAGUAACAUAACUGGACUUUUUAAUGAUGAAACAGUCUUUGCAAAGGAUAAGGUGACUUGUGUUGGGCACAUCAUUGGUGCUGUGGUUGCUGACACCCCAGAACAUGCACAGAGAGCAGGUCAAAGAGUGAAAAUCACCUAUGAAGAACUUCCAUCCAUUAUCACAAUCGAGGAUGCUAUAAAGAACAACUCCUUCUAUGGCCCUGAGCUGAAGAUUGAGAAAGGAAAUCUCAAGAAGGGGUUUGCUGAAGCAGAUAAUGUUGUUUCAGGUGAGUUUUACAUUGGUGGCCAAGAGCACUUCUAUCUGGAGACUCACUGCACCAUUGCUGUUCCAAAAGGCGAGGAAGGGGAAAUGGAGCUCUUUGUAUCUACACAAAACACCAUGAAGACCCAGAGCUUUGUUGCAAAAAUGUUGGGGGUUCCAGCAAACCGGAUUUUGGUCCGAGUGAAGAGAAUGGGAGGAGGCUUUGGUGGGAAGGAGACUCGGAGUACUCUGGUGUCCACAGCAGUGGCCCUGGCUGCACACAAGACUGGCCGCCCCGUUCGCUGCAUGCUGGACCGUGAUGAGGACAUGCUGAUAACCGGUGGCAGACAUCCUUUCUUGGCCAGAUACAAGGUUGGCUUCAUGAAGACUGGGAGGAUUGUGGCACUGGAGGUGGAUCACUACAGCAAUGCGGGGAACACCCUGGAUCUCUCUCAGAGUGUAAUGGAGCGAGCUCUAUUUCACAUGGACAACUGCUAUAAAAUACCCAAUAUCCGUGGCACUGGGAAACUAUGCAAGACCAACCUGCCCUCCAACACGGCCUUCCGGGGCUUUGGGGGGCCCCAGGGGAUGCUCAUUGCCGAGUACUGGAUGACUGAAGUUGCAGUGACCUGUGGACUGCCUGCAGAGGAAGUAAGGAAGAAGAACAUGUACAAAGAAGGAGACCUGACACACUUCAACCAGAAGCUUGAGGGAUUCACCUUGCUGAGGUGUUGGGAUGAAUGCCUAGCAAGUUCUCAGUACCAAGCUCGGAAGAAUGAGGUUGAGAAAUUCAACAAGGAGCAUUGUUGGAAAAAGAGAGGAUUGUGCGUAAUUCCUACCAAGUUUGGAAUAUGCUUCACAGUGCCUUUUCUGAAUCAGGCGGGGGCCCUUGUGCAUGUUUAUACAGAUGGCUCUGUGCUGCUGACUCAUGGAGGCACUGAAAUGGGUCAAGGUCUUCAUACCAAGAUGGUCCAGGUGGCCAGCAAAGCUUUGAAAAUCCCCACCUCUAUGAUUUACAUCAGCGAGACGAGCACUAAUACCGUGCCCAACACUUCUCCUACAGCUGCCUCCGUCAGCACUGAUAUCAAUGGACAGGCUGUCUAUGAGGCUUGUCAGACCAUCCUGAAAAGGCUGGAGCCCUUCAAGAGGCAGAAUCCCAAUGGCUCCUGGGAAGACUGGGUAAUAGCUGCCUAUGAGAAUGCAGUGAGCUUGUCUGCUACUGGGUUUUACAGAACACCCAACCUUGGCUAUAGCUUUGAGACAAACUCAGGGAAUCCCUUCCACUACUUCACCUAUGGGGUGGCUUGCUCUGAAGUAGAGAUUGACUGCCUAACAGGGGAUCAUAAGAACCUCCGCACAGACAUUGUCAUGGAUGUUGGCUCCAGUCUGAACCCCGCCAUUGAUAUUGGGCAGGUAGAAGGGGCAUUUGUUCAGGGCCUUGGCCUCUUCACUCUGGAGGAGCUGCACUACUCCCAUGAGGGGAGCCUGCGUACCCGUGGCCCCAGCACCUACAAGAUCCCUGCAUUUGGCAGCAUACCCAUUGAGUUCCGGGUGUCCCUCCUCCGUGACUGCCCCAACAAAAAAGCCAUCUAUGCAUCCAAGGCUGUCGGGGAGCCACCCCUCUUCCUGGCUGCCUCCAUCUUCUUUGCCAUCAAAGAUGCCAUCCAUGCAGCUCGAGCUCAGCACGCAGAUUACAAUAUGAAGAAACUUUUCCAACUAGACAGCCCAGCUACCCCAGAGAAGAUUCGUAAUGCCUGUGUGGACAAGUUCACUACCCUGUGUGUCACUGGUGUACCCGAAAACUGCAAACGCUGGUCUCUGAGGGUGUGAAAAGAAAGUCCCCAAGAGAGUCUUCGUACAUUACACUGGAGCUUCCUUGGAGCUGGAAGCAUGUACUGCAGAACACAAAUCUAUCAAAGUUGCAGGAUGA